GUUAGCAGCUUAGAACUUGGUGAGAGUUGAAAACAUUUUCAACUUGAAACAACGGAUUGCUGUAAUCGUGUAUUUUGUUUACGACUGCCCUGACAUGGCAGAAAUGGAACAAACUUUAUUCCAGUCUAUUUUAGGCUUUGCCCUGCUUGUACAAGCAUUUGGAACACCGUUAAAAGAUAACAGGGAGAUUUGUCUGUUGCCCCUGGACGACGGACCAUGUAGAGCUCUCCUACCUCGCUAUUACUAUAAUAGAUAUACUCUGAGAUGUGAAGAGUUCAGCUAUGGAGGCUGUGAGGGAAACGCCAACAACUUUGCAAACUUAGAAGAUUGCGAAAAAACCUGCUGGAAGAUAAGAAAGGUCCCAAAAAUCUGUAGAUUUGAGCCUGAAGAGGGACCGUGCCGUGCAAUGUUUAAAACCUACUUCUACAAUUUCACUGCAAUGGAAUGCCAAACAUUUUUUUACGGGGGCUGCUAUGGAAAUGAAAACAAAUUUGUUGAUAAAAAUUCCUGUAUCAACUAUUGUGAGCCGCAGAAAAGCACACCCUCUAUCUGCACUGAUCCAAUGGAUCAGGGAUCCUGUUCUGCUUCUAUACCCCGAUAUUACUACAAUGCAAUCACCAAAUCAUGUGUGGAAUUUAUAUAUACAGGAUGUGGAGGCAAUACCAAUAAUUUCUCUACCAAGCAGUCUUGCAAAUCCAUGUGCAUGAAGGGAACAAAGAGGAUGGAUUUGGGGAAGAUGAAAUGGAAACCCAGAAGAAAACAAAUUAUAAAAACAAACUGAAUAUUACAGGGCUGCAUGACUCCAAAAAGUAAUCCAACGAGAGCAUUACGUGCUCGCUUUUGAUUUUUUUUAAAACUGUGUUGUUUUGUUUUU